AUGGCGUCACGUCGACUAGCACUUAAUCUGGCCCAAGGACUUCGCAGCAACCGUGCCGCCAGAAAUUCACUGGCAUCAUUGAAGAGAGGCCUUGCGACGCCCGUCACUAAAAGUGGAGCAAAGACCGAAACAACAACACUUACAAAUGGAUUGACUAUUGCUACUGAGCACUCACCAUGGGCUCAAACCUCUACAGUCGGUGUCUGGAUUGAUGCAGGGUCUCGGGCCGAAACCGAUAAGACAAAUGGUACCGCUCAUUUUCUAGAGCAUCUUGCAUUUAAAGGUACUAGCAAUCGAACCCAACAGCAGCUGGAGCUGGAAAUUGAGAAUAUGGGCGGUCAUCUGAACGCUUAUACAUCUCGCGAAAACACUGUAUAUUACGCUAAAGCAUUCAACUCAGACGUACCUGCUACGGUCAAUAUUCUGUCUGAUAUUCUCCAGAACUCUAAGCUAGAUAAAUCAGCUAUUGAACGCGAACGAGAUGUAAUUUUGAGAGAAUCAGAAGAAGUUGAGAAGCAGUUGGAAGAAGUCGUCUUUGAUCAUUUACACGCAACUGCUUUUCAGGGACAACCGCUUGGGCGAACGAUUCUCGGUCCUGCCGAAAAUAUCGAAAGUAUUCAAAGAGAUGAUCUCGUGAGUUAUAUCAAGACAAAUUAUACCGCCGAUCGAAUGGUUCUCGUCGGAGCCGGUGGUAUCCCGCAUGCACAGCUUGUAGAACUCGCUGAGAAGCACUUUGGGGGCUUACCAGGAGCGCCUUCGAAUAGCAACAUGAUCACCAGGAAAGCUAAACCAGAGUUCAUCGGUUCGGAAGUCAGAUUUCGGGACGACACCAUACCCACUGCCAAUAUCGCAAUUGCAGUCGAGGGUGUUAGCUGGAAAGAUGAUGAUUACUUCACUGCUCUUGUAACUCAAGCCAUUGUUGGAAACUGGGACAAAGCAAUGGGGAAUGCGCCACACAUGGGCAGUAAACUUAGUGGGUUUGUUCACAAGAACGAGCUUGCCAACAGUUUUAUGAGCUUUUCGACAAGUUAUAGUGAUACUGGUCUUUGGGGAAUCUACUUGGUCACAGAUAAACUCACACGAAUUGAUGAUCUUGUUCACUUUACUCUCCGCGAAUGGUCAAGGUUGUCAUUUAAUGUCACCGAGGCCGAAGUUGGGCGUGCAAAAGCUCAACUAAAAGCGUCAAUCCUCCUCUCUCUAGAUGGGACAUCCGCUGUCGCCGAAGAUAUUGGAAGACAAAUUAUCACCACUGGACGCCGAAUGUGUCCUGAAGAGAUAGAACGUGUCAUUAGUGCUAUUACGGAGAAGGACGUAAUGGACUUUGCUCGUCGUAAACUCUGGGAUCAAGAUAUCGCUAUUUCAGCCGUCGGUAGCAUCGAAGGAUUACUAGACUAUCAAAGAGUGCGGAACGAUAUGAGCCGGAAUGCAUAA